AUGGAAAGUGCGUCACUUAUUGUCUUAUUAAGCGACGUUUUAUCGCGCAUUUUUUUAUUAUGUCACUACCUUGGUGUCGCUAAAUCGUUAUUUUCGCGUAGUGCACGAGUCUGGUCGAAUCCUAACCAGUUUCAGCCUGAAACAUUUCUUACAACUUGUAAGGAUUUUGAUGUUAGAGGCCAGAAUUUCGAGCUGAUACCAUUUAGCAGUGGUAGAAGAGUAUGUCCCGGAAUAUCAUUUGCUCUUCAAGUUAUGCAGCUUACACUGGCUAAUUUGCUACAUGCCUUUGAAAUUACAACCCCAUCAGAUGAACCAGUGGACUUGGGUGAGACUUCCGGACUAACCAACAUGAAGGCUACCCCUCUUGAGGUCAUUCUCAUCCCACGUCUUUCUGUUGAUUAUUAA